GGGCACAACAAAAUCAUAACCUACAGCAGACCUGUAUAUUUUUGUAUAUUGUGUGGCCUUAUUUUGCUGCUAGAUGCUGGAUCUAAAGACACAAAUCCUCCAGUUUAUACAAUGUAUGGCUUGCAGCUCUUUUCGCCUAGAUCUCUCCAGUCAGCCAGAGACCAUGUAAUAGUGUUUUUAUAUUGCUUUCCUGCAAUUUCUCUUCUUGGUCUUUUCCCUCAAAUCAACACCUUCUGUAUAUAUCUUUUGGAGCAAACAGACAUGCUGCUUUUUGGCGGUUCUGCUGCUGCUGGGUUCGUAUCUGCACUAUACAGCAUUUCCCGAAGCUUUGUGGUUCUGAUUGUCCUAUAUGCUUUCUGCUUCAGUGCAGUGAAGGAACCCUGGGAUGCGCAACACAUUCCAGCACUGUUCUCUGCUUUCUGUGGUUUGCUAGUUGCACUUUCUUAUCAUCUCAGCAGACAAAGCAGUGACCCAUCUGUACUGAUGUCUCUUAUUCAAUGCAAAUAUGUCCCUCACUUUCUGCGUCAACAAUUUGAAGAUUCAUCAGCAGAUCCACUCCCAGAAAAGAUGAGAGAAUCAGUGAAAGAAAUCUUGAAAUCGGAUCUCAUUGUCUGCACAGCGGCUGCUGUUCUGUCAUUUGCUGUCAGUGCCAGUACUGUGUUUCUAUCAUUAAGGCCAUUUCUCAGCAUUGUCCUGUUUGCUUUAGCUUGGACUGUGGGAUUUGUAACACAUUACGUACUUCCUCAGCUUCGCAAGCAUCACCCCUGGCUGUGGAUCUCCCACCCCAUACUUAAAAGCAAAGAGCACCAGCAACGGGAAGUGAGAGAUGCUGCUCAUUUGAUGUGGUUUGAAAGGCUCUAUGUGUGGCUUCAGUGCUUUGAAAAAUACAUUUUGUAUCCAGCUAUAAUACUGAAUGCCCUCACCAUUGAUGCUUUCUCAAUUAGUAAAUACAAGAAGCUUGGUACACACUGUGAUAUUAUUCUGAUAACAGUUGCUGGGAUGAAACUCCUCCGCUCCUCAUUCUGUAAUCCUAUUAAUCAGUUUGUUACUUUGAGCUUUACUGUAAUCUUCUUCCGAUUUGACUACAGAGACAUUUCAGAAAAUUUCUUGCUGGAUUUCUUCAUGAUGUCCAUCGUGUUUCAUAAGCUGUGGGACCUACUGCAGAAGUUGCAGUUCAUCAUGACAUACAUUGCUCCCUGGCAGAUUGCCUGGGGAUCAUCGUUCCAUGUUUUUGCUCAGCUCUUUGCAAUACCUCAUUCUGCUAUGCUUUUUUUCCAAACUCUGGCCACCUCAGUCUUUUCUACACCACUGAGUCCAUUUCUUGGUAGUGUCAUCUUUAUCGCAUCAUACGCAAGACCGAUCAAGUUCUGGGAGAAAAACUACAACACCAAAAGGUCGGACCAUUCCAACACCAGACUGGCAAUUCAGAUCGAAAAGGAUGCAGGAAAUGAUGACAAUAAUCUCAACUCCAUUUUUUAUGAGCAUUUGACAAGAUCUCUGCAGGAGUCUCUUUGUGGAGAUUUGAUUCUGGGCCGCUGGGGAAACUACAACACAGGAGACUGUUUUAUUCUGGCAUCGGAUUAUUUAAAUGCCUUUGUGCACUUGAUCGAAAUUGGAAAUGGCCUUGUCACCUUUCAGCUCAGAGGGCUGGAAUUUCGAGGGACAUAUUGCCAGCAGAGAGAAGUGGAGGCUAUAACAGAAGGAGAUGAAGACGAUGAAGGCUGCUGCUGUUGUAAGCCCGGGCACUUGCCUCAUUUGUUAUCGUGUAAUGCAGCCUUUAACCUCCGAUGGCUGACGUGGGAAAUAACACGAACCCAGUACAUCCUGGAAGGAUAUAGCAUCAUUGAUAACAACGCUGCAACAAUGCUGCAAGUGUUCGAUCUGCGGAGAAUACUUAUCAGAUACUAUAUAAAGAGUAUAAUAUACUUUACAGCAAGUUCUCCCAAAAUCCUUGACUGGAUAAAAGACGAAUCCAUCCAAAAGAUACUGCAGCCUUACGCAAAGUGGCAUUAUAUUGAACGUGACCUUGCAAUGUUUAACAUUAACAUAGACGAAGAUUAUGUUCCAUGUCUCCAAGGAAUAACAAGAGCUAGUUUCUGCAGCGUUUAUCUGGACUGGAUUCAGUUCUGCGCCAGAAAAAGAGUGGAGCACCUGGACAGCGAUGAGGAUUCUCCUCUAGUGACACUUUCCUUUGCCUUGUGUAUACUGGGUCGAAGAGCUUUGGGAACUGCAGCUCACAAUAUGGCCAUCAGCUUGGACUCUUUUCUCUAUGGGCUCCACGCACUGUUCAAAGGAGACUUUCGGAUAGCAGCAAAAGAUGAGUGGGUCUUCGCAGACAUGGAUUUAUUGCAUAAGGUGGUUGCCCCGGCAAUCCGAAUGUCUCUGAAGCUACAUCAGGACCAGUUCACCUGCCCAGAUGAGUACGAGGACCCAGCAGUUUUGUAUGAAGCCAUCCAAUCUUUUGAAGAAAAGGUUGUGAUUUGUCACGAAGGGGACCCAGCCUGGCGCAGCGCUGUACUCUCCAACAGAGAGGAGCUGCUAACCCUGAGACACGUGGUAGAUGAAGGAGCAGAUGAAUAUAAAGUUAUCAUGCUCCACAAAAGCUACUUGACCUUCAAGGUUAUCAAGGUGAACAAGGAGUGCGUCAGAGGGCUUUGGGCUGGGCAGCAGCAGGAACUGAUUUUCUUACGCAAUCGUAACCCAGAGAGAGGAAGCAUCCAGAACAAUAAACAGGUCUUGCGGAACUUAAUUAAUUCUUCAUGCGAUCAGCCACUGGGAUAUCCAAUGUACGUUUCCCCUUUAACCACCUCGUACCUUGGGACACACAGCCAACUGAGGAACAUUUGGGGGGGACCUGUGAGUUUGGACAACAUUAAGAAGUGGUUCAGAUCCAAAUGGUUAAGAAUGCGGAAGGACUGCCACGCAGCUCACCAUGAGCGAGGUAAUGUGGAAGAGGUGGACAGUGGAGGGGGGUCUUCGUCUAGCAGCAACUCCACAGGCAAUUCAAGCCAGAGCAGUAGCUCGCAGCCCACCAGAGAUGGAACCCCUCAGUUGCAAGCUUCAUCUCAAGAGGUCCACCAGCGUGCAGGCAGGAGAAAACCCAGGAGUCAGUCAGUCCAGGCACACACUGCUUUAAACCAAAGGCCCCCUGCUUCAAGUCACUCUGGACCAAUUGUAGAAGGCCGCCAGCCUUUCAUCCAAACGUCUACAUCUGCCCACGAAAUCGCCCAAAGGCUUUCUAGUAGUCAGCUGUCAUUCCACAACUCGGCAACAUCUGUGUUUUCCCAGUCCCCCGCUGUUCCUGUUGCUGGCCAGCUGACUGUGCAGGACCGAGCUGCAGCGAUGCUCAGGUCCAGUCUGGCCUCUUCCACCAGCUCAACUCUCAGCCUGCUGUUCGGCAAGAGAAGUUUUUCAAGUGCGUUGGUGAUUUCUGGGCUCUCAGCUGCAGACGGAGGUAACACCAGUGACACCCAGUCAUCCAGCAGCAUGAAUAUCGCCAUGGGUCCAUCUGCUAGAGCAGCCAGUCAAGCGACUCGGCAACUCACCGAGACCUGCGAAGCAACCGAUGCUACAGAAUCUAGACCACGGCGAGAGGCGGGUCCGGCCCAUGCCAUAUUCAUGAGUCAGAACCUGGAGUGCAGAAGGGCCAGCCAAGAAGAUAUGGCCCUGGAAGACACCGCUUCUCAGCAAAGCCUGUCUGAGGAGCAGUAAGGAGUAUUCCCAGCACAAGGGCCACGCGCUGCUUAGAACUAAAUAAAGACAGAGUUAGGUCAGGGAGCCACACGUGGGUUUCGGUUCUUUCAAAUGUAACAACCAACCUCCAAAUGUUUAUUUUUCUAACUUCUACACAAGAAUACUACGGGGCAGAUGUUCUUCAGCUACAGGCCUUGGCAUAGGUAGGGUUGGAAGAUGUCCUAAAAAACACACAGUGCCACUUCAUCUCAGGUUCUUGUAAAUCCUAGAACAAUGAAUACAACCUGUUUAACGCUCCUUCCCCUGCAACGGUUGGAAUCAUGAAUGAAUACAGUGGGAAA